AUGACCAACUCAUUCGAAAACGAUGCCAUUUCUACAUGCACUGUUUCUUCUUCUUGUUCCUCUGGAACUGGAAAUCUGCCUGCGAAAAGAGGAAAGAAGAGCGAAAUGAUGGUGUCCCCAUCCUACCCAACACCACAGCCAAGGUCACCCCAUGUUUCAAGUCCUCUUUCAUCCCACAAGACGCCAUUAAAACGUCAAGGAAACCACCACCAACAGUCCAGCAAUGGCAGGUGUCCCAAUCCGACCAAAUCACAAAGUCCCACACCUUAUUGUUAUACUGGGAAGAUAAGCAGAAAAUCUCACUGUGCAGAUGAGAGGGGAGACCAAGAGCAGAAAGAAGAGCGCCAAUCUUCUUCCAGGAACGCCAGCAACGAAGUAUCAGCUCCAAUAAAUAUUGUCACGGUUGCCGGUACGGGAACCAAUUUUAACUUCCAGGCGGUGGCAGACAAUGUCAUUGAUGCGCGUAUAAUUGACGUUCAUGUAAGAGUUCUUGAUCGACAAACUAUGGGAGAAGAUCUUUAUUGGGCAAUUAGAGGAGGUGGAGGAGGCAGUUUAGGGAUAAUUACUGCUUGGAAGAUAAAAUUGGUCCCUGUACCAUCAACUGUGACCAUGUUUACAGUUACCAAGUCCUUAGAGCAAGGUGCUACUAAGAUCUUAUUUAGAUGGCAACAGGUUGCUGAUCAACUUGACGAGGAUCUCUUCAUCAGGGUCAAUAUACAGACAGUUAAUGUCAGUAACAAAGGUGGAAGGACUAUAACGACUUCCUAUGAUGCCUUGUUUCUUGGUGAUGCCAACAGACUUCUCCAAGUAAUGCGAGAAAGCUUUCCUGAACUGGGUUUGACAAGACAGGAGUAUAUCGAAACAAGCUGGAUCGAUUCUACUGUUUUUCUUGGUGGCUACACCAUCAAUACAUCUCCUGAAGUUCUACUUCAAAGAAGAAAUAUAUUGAAGCACUACUUCAAAGCCAAGUCAGACUUUGUUAGACAACCUAUACCUGAAACUGCUCUCAAAGGUUUAUGGGAAAUAAUGUUAGAAGAAGACAAACCAGCUAUAGUUCUUACCCCUUAUGGUGGAAACAUGGGCAAAAUUUCCGAAUCUCAGACUCCUUUCCCUCAUAGAAAAUGUACCUUGUUCAUGAUCCAGUACUUUGCCAACUGGCGAGAUGCGAAAGAAAAUGUUAGAAAACAUACCGAUUGGACUAGGAUGGUUUACAGGUACAUGAAACCUUGUGCUUCCAUGUUUCCAAGACAAGCAUAUGUCAAUUACCGGGACCUUGAUUUGGGAAUGAACAAGGAGAAUAACACAAGCUUUCCAGAAGCAAGUGGUUGGGGCACCAAGUACUUCAAGGAUAACUUCUACAGACUGGUACGGGUGAAGACCAAAGUUGAUCCUGACAACUUCUUCAGGCAUGAACAGAGCAUCCCAACUCUUCCUCAUCAUAUGAGGAAAAGAAAUUGA